AUGACUCUAGACUUUAUGGUAAAGGUGACCUAUACUCUAGACUUUAUGGUAAAGGUGACCCUAUACUCUAGACUUUAUGGUAAAGGUGACCCUAUACUCUAGACUUUAUGGUAAAGGUGACCUAUACUCUAGACUUUAUGGUAAAGGUGACCUAUACUCUAGACUUUAUGGUAAAGGUGACCUAUACUCUAGACUUUAUGGUAAAGGUGACCUAUACUCUAGACUUUAUGGUAAAGGUGACCUAUACUCUAGACUUUAUGGUAAAGGUGGACCUAUAUCUAGACUAAUGGUAAAGGUGACCUAUACUCUAGACUAUUAGGUAAAGGUGGACCUAUUACUCAGGACUAUAUGUACGGUGACCUUACUCGACUUUAGGGUAAAAGGUGACCUAUGAUCUAGACUUUAUGGUAAAGGUGAACUAUGCUCUAGACUUUCUUUUAUGGUAAAGGUGACCUAGUACUCUAGACUUUAUGGUAAAAGGUUGAAAACUGCUUCUGGCCAUGUUGGGAUGGUGGACUCUCUCUGGAAGGAUGGACCUAUCACCCUCGCAGUGACCUGAUUAUCUAGUGUCUCAUUGUCUCAUUGUGUAGGUUUGGUGUAUGUGUGUGUGCAUGCGUGGGCGAGUGUGUGCGUGUGUUUGUGUGUGUACGGUUGUGUGUGUAUUCUCGAGUGGUCAAUAGCACCUACACCCAAUGUGUGGAACCACUGUCUCUCUGUCAGAGGGACGACAUUAGGACAACAUUGAGGUGACAUUAGGACAACAUUUAGGUGACAUUGGGUCGACACUCCAGCUGUGAAUGGCAUUCUGUUCUAUUUGAACAGCCAUACCAUCGCAAAUCGAAUUCUUGAAUGAAGUUAAUGCAGAAGCAAUCAGUCUUUUGAGCUGUCUGUAUCCCAGGCCAGCAGGUUGAUGUUGAUUAGAUAUAUAUAUAUAUAUAUAUAUAUAUCUAGAUACUAUAAUUAUAUAUAUAUUAUAUAUAUAUCUAUAUAUAAUAUAUAUAUAUAUAUAGAUAUAUAUACUAAAUAUACUAGAGAUAGAUAGAUAGAAUAUAUAAUAUAUAUAUAUAAUAUAGAUGGUUUAUAUGUAUAUGUAUAUAGUCAUAUGUUAGAAAUAUAUAUAUCAUAUAUUUAGAUAUCUAAUAUAAUAUAUCUCGGUAUACUAUAUGUAUCUAUAUAUAUAUAUAUAUAUAUAUAUCUACUAUAUAUAUAUAAUAUUCAUAUAUCUAUGUUCAUUUCUGUUUCUCUAUAUAUAUAUAAUAUCUCUCUGUCAUCUAUAAUAUCUAUAUAUAUAUAGUCAGAUAUUUCUAUAUGUUAUCUCUACCUCUAUAACGCAUAUCUAUAUAGUCUCUCUCCUUAUAUAUGAUAAUCUCUCUCUAUAUCUCUCUCUCUCUUAUCUAUCUCAUCUCUCUAUUCUAUCUCAUCCCUCUAUCUCUCUAUUCAUAUGAUUUUUUGUUCCCCUGGAUUUGGGUUUUUUUUUUCUAGACUGGGCCAAUUUGCCCUAUAAUGCUACCCUACUAGUGCACCCCUUUUAUACAGGGGGGAGAACAAUUUUUAACACUGCCGAUUUUGCGGGUUUCCCCCCUUUUUACAAAGCAUUGGAGGCGUAAAUCAUAGGAAUUCAAUGUAAGAGAGGGAAUUUAAAACAAAAAUUCAGAAAAUCACUUGUAUGAUUUUUAAGUAAUUAAUUGAUUUUUUGAAAAGAAAGGUGUUUUAUCACCUACCAAACCAGUAAAAAUUGGCUCUCACAAACCCGUUAGGGGGAGGGAGUUUGGGAAAGCGCGUUGUGCCAGUAACCGAAAGGGCGCUGGUUUAAUCCACGAGCCCCCUAGGUGAAAAUCUGUGAGUGCCCUAAGCAAGGCACAACCCCAAUUGCCAUCUGGAUAAGAGGUCUGUAAAAGCUUAAAUGUAAAUGAAAAAGUUUUUUUUUAAAAGAAGCCCCCUGUUCCACUCUUUUCCUGAUAAAUGUCCGUUUUAAAACCCUUUGUAAGUGCACCUGUUUGAACUCGUUUUUAAGUAACGCACCCGUUUGAAAGUUUAAAAGGCAUUUAAGAGGGCGUGGUGGGUUUCCAGCAUGACAAGGCCCAACACAAGCCGGGCAAAAAAUGAGUGGUCCCUGAAGCUUCAAUCCGGGGGCCUGCCCGUUCCAGACCGAACCCCAAAAGAAAAUCUUUGGAGGGAGCGAAAUCCGUACGCCCAGCGACAGCCCCCCAAAAAUGAAGGAUUGGAGAAGGUUGUAUGGAGGAGGGGCCAAAAAACCCUGCUGGGGGGUGCAAACCUGGGUUUAAAAUACAGGAAACGUAGAUCCUUAAAUGCAAAAAAAGGUUUCUGUACCCCAAAAUUUGGUUCUGCUUUUUUGAUGUAUCAAAAACUUAGUAGCAAUUUAAAAGAAAUUAAAAUUAAAAAAAUCAAACAAUGUGAUUUUGGAAAAUUUUUUUUUUAGAUUCCUCUCUCACAGUGAAGUGUACUAUGUAAAAAAGGGGCAGCCUCUAAUGCUUGUAAGUAGGAAACUGCAAAACGGGGAGUGUAUCAAAAAUUGUUCUCCCCCCUGAUCAGAUAGGCCCUUGGACCCCGCCCAAAAGUGGAUUUAAAUCAAAUCAAAUUUUUUUUGAAAAUGCGCCGAAUACAAAGGGACCUUGCGUAAAAAGGGGGAUAUAAGCCCUAACCAAAAAAUGCAGUCAAGAAAUAGAGAUUUGAAAAAUUUUAAAUAAAAAAAGCAAAAAAAAAAAAAGUUACACAAAAAAAAAACAAUAAUGAGGAUUUUAUAUAGGGGGGGCCGGUUUCCGAGCAAUGUGCGGGGGUAAGGUUAGUCAAGGUAGUUUUACAGUUUAUUAAAAGGGAAAAGGGGGCCCUUGGACACAACGUAGGUAUCAUUUUCCAGUGGGUAUUAUUUUCUAGGGGAUUUUUUCAUUUUACAUUAGGGGGGGAUUAUUAUCUAGGGGGUUUUUUACUAGGGGGUUUUUUGUGGGGGGGUUUUUAAACUCCGGGGAUUAUUAAUUUAUCUAUUAAUUUUUAAAGGGGGGGUUUUAUUAUAAUUUUUAAUGGGUAUUAUAUUGUUUGGAAUUUUUGGGGUUUUUUUUUUUUCGGGGUUUUGGGUUUGUAUUAUCUCCCGGGGGUUUAUUAUUCAGUGGGUUUAAUUUUUAGGGGGGUUUUUUUACUCAGGGGUUUAUACUCGGGGGUUUUUUAUUAGUGGAUUUAUUCGGGGAUUAUUAUUUAAAAUGGGUUUAUUUAUUAGGGGUAUAUUAUUAUAUAGUUUUUGUGGGUUUUUUUGGUUUAUUUUCUAGUGGGUAAUUUUUUAAGGGGGUAUAAAUUCGUGGGUUUAUUUUUCAGGGGGGAAAAAUUUUUAGGGGAUUUUAAAUUAGUGGGUAUUAUUUUUCGUGGGUUUAUUUUUCAUGGGUUUUUUUGGUUUAUUUCUAGGGAAGGUAAAAUUUUCUCUGGGACUUUAUGGAAAAGGUGACCUUUUACCUAGAUUUAUGGUAAAGGUGACCAUAUCUAACAUAUGGAAAGGUGACCUAUACUCUAGAUUUUUGGUAAAGGUGACCUUUUACUUGAUUUAUGGGAAAGGGGGGGGGGGGCCCCUAUACUCUAAAAUUUAAUAAAGGUGACCAUUUCUAGACUUUAUGGUAAAGGGGCCCUUUACCUGAUAUAUUUUUAAAGGUGCCCUUUUACUCUAAAUUUAUGGAAAAGGUGACCUAUCUUAGACUAUAUGGAAAAGGGUUUACCUAUACUCUAGACUAUAGGUAAAGGGGCCCUAUUCUCUAGACUUUAUGGGGAAAGGGGGACUUAGGCUUGACUUAUGGUAAAGGGCCCCUAUGUCUGAUUAUGGAAAAGGGGUGACCUAACCUGAUUUUAGGGGUUAAAGGUGACCUAACUCUGGGACUUUUUUGGAAAAAAGGGGCCCUAUGCUCAGACUUUAGGGUUUAAAGGGCCCUAUACUUACUUUAGGGGAAAGGGGUGCCCUAUAUCUAGAUUUUUAGGGGAAAAAGGUAAAUUUAUAUCUAAAAAUUUAGGGUAAAGGUAAACCUAUCCCUUUAGACUUUAGGGGAAAAAGGUGACCUAUACUUAGAUUUUUAGGGUAAAGGGGGACCUUUACUUAAAAUUUUAGGGGAAAGGUAAACCUUCCCUUAAUUUUAGGGUUAAAGGUGACCUAAUUAGACUUUAGGGUAAAGGGGGACCAUAUCUAGACUAAUGGUAAAGGUGACCUUACUCUAGACUUUUAGGAAAAGGGUUUCCCUAUUACUCGGGAUAAGGAAAAGGUGACCUUACUGACUUUAGGGAAAAAGGUGACCUAUGUCUAGAUUUUAGGGUUAAAGGUUAAACCAUGCUCUAGUUUUUUAUGGUAAAGGUGCCCUUUAUACUCUAGAUUUUAGGGAAAAAAGGGGUUGAAAACUGUUUCGGCCAGGGGGAUGGGGGAAUUUCCCCUCUGGGGAGGGAAAUUCCCCCCGCAUGCCCUGUUUUCUAGUGUUUUUUGGUUUUUGGUUUUGGGUUUUGGUUAUGUGGGUGGGGCAUGGGUGGGGAGUUUUGGGGCGGGGUGUUUGUGGGGUUUUAAAGGUUGUGUGUUUUAUUCUCGAGGGGGUUUAAAAAUUAAGCCCUACCCCCAAAUGUGGGGAACCCACUGUCUUUUCUGUGGGAGGGAAACGACAUUGGGGGAAAAAUUGAGGUAAAUUGGGAAAAAAUUUUGGUGAAAUUGGGUCGAAAAUAAGUGUGAAGGGCCCAUUUUUUCUAUUUAAAAAGGCCAAAACCAUCGCAAACCCGAAUUUUUGAAUAAAUUGGGAAAGAAAAAAGAAGAAAUAAGUAAAAAAGGGGGGGGAAGGGAAAAAAAAAAGAAGGGGGAGGGGAAGGAAAAAAAAUAAAAAAGGGGAAAAAAAAAAAAAAAAAAAAAAAAAAAAGAAAAAAAAAACAGAGAAAAAGGGGAAGAAAAAAAAAAAUAAAAGGGAGGGGGGGGGAAGGGAAAGGGUAAGGGGGAGAAAAAAAAAAAGAAAAAAAAAGGGGGGGGAAAAGAAAAAAAAAAAAACAACCUAAAAAAAAAAAAGGUUCUUUCUGUUUUCUCUUUAUUAAAAUAUCUUUUGUCUCUUUUCUUUUUUAUAAAUAUUUCUUUGUUUCCUCUAUCUAUCCUAUCUAUUUCUUUUCUCCUUUUAUUUCUUCCUUUCCCUCUCCUCUUUCUUCUCAUCUCUCUUUUCCCUUCUAAUCCCUCUUCUCUCUUUCAUAUGUUUUUUUUUUUCCCCGGGAAAGUGUGUAUAUUUUUCUCAGGAGGGGGCCAAUUGCCCUUUUACUUUGCAAAUCCCUAAAAAUAGUGAAACUCCUUUUCCCAGUGGGGAAACAAUAUUGAACACUCCCGGGACUUUGCGGGUUUUCCUACUUACAAAGCAUGUGGAGGUCUGUAAUUUAUCAUAGGUACACUUCAACUGUAAGAGACGGAAUCUAAAACAAAAAUUCAGAAAAUCACAUUGUAUGAUUUUUAAGUAAUUAAUUUGCAUUUUAUUGCAUGACAUGAGUGUUUGAUCACCUACCAACCAGUAAGAAUUCCGGCUCUCACAGACCUGUUAGGGCGGCAGGUAGCUUAGUGGGUAAGCGCGUUGUGCCAGUAACCGAAAGGUCGCUGGUUCUAAUCCACGAGCCGACUAGGUGAAAAAUCUGUCGAUGUGCCCUUAAGCAAGGCACUUAACCCUAAUUGCUCAUCUGGAUAAGAGUGUCUGCUAAAUGACUAAAAUGUAAAUGUAAAAUGUUUUUCUUUAAGAAGCCCUCCUGUUCUCCACUCAUUACCUGUAUUAACUGUACCUGUUUGAACUCGUUAAGUUAAGUGCACCUGUUUGAACUCGUUAAGUUAACUGCACCUGUUUGAACUUGUUAAGAGCAUUGAAGAUGGGUCGUGGCUGGGUCUUCCAGCAUGACAACGACCCGAAACACACAGCCAGGGCAACUAAUGAGUGGCUCCGUAAGAAGCAUCUCAAGGUCCUGGAGUGGCCUAGCCAGUCUCCAGACCUGAACCCAAUAGAAAAUCUUUGGAGGGAGCUGAAAGUCCGUAUCGCCCAGCGACAGCCCCGAAACCUGAAGGAUCUGGAGAAGGUCUGUAUGGAGGAGUGGGCCAAAAUCCCUGCUGCAGUGUGUGCAAACCUGGUUAAGACCUACAGGAAACGUAUGAUCUCUGUAAUUGCAAACAAAGGUUUCUGUACCAAAUAUUAGGUUCUGCUUUUCUGAUGUAUCAAAUACUUAUGUCAUGCAAUAAAAUGCAAAUUAAUUACUUAAAAAUCAUACAAUGUGAUUUUCUGGAUUUUUGUUUUAGAUUCCGUCUCUCACAGUUGAAGUGUACCUAUGAUAAAAAUGACAGACCUCUACAUGCUUUGUAAGUAGGAACACCUGCAAAAUCGGCAGUGUAUCAAAUACUUGUUCUCCCCACUGUAUCUAGUAUAGAGCCCUAUGGACCCUGCUCAAAAGUAGUGCAUUUAAAUCAAAUCAAAUUUAUUUGACACAUGCGCCGAAUACAACAGGUGUACCUUGCCGUGAAAUGCUUACUUAUAAGCCCUUAACCAACAAUGCAGUUCAAGAAAUAGAGAUUAGAAAAUAUUUACUAAAUAAAAUAAAGUCAAAAAUAAAAUAAAAUGUUACACAAUAAAAUAACAAUAAUGAGGAUAUAUAUACGGGGGGUACCGGUACCGAGUCAAUGUGCGGGGGUACAGGUUAGUCAAGGUAGUUUGUACAUGUAUUAUUUAAUAGGGAAUAGGGGGCCAUUUAGGACACAACGUCAGGUAUCAUUAUCUCAGUGGGUAUUAUUAUCUCAGUGGGUAUUAUUAUCUCAGUGGGUAUUACUAUCUCAGUGGGUAUUAUUAUCUCAGUGGGUAUUAUUAUCUCAGGUGGUAUUAUUAUCUCAGUGGGUAUUAUUAUCUCAGGUGGUAUUAUUAUCUCAGUGGGUAUUAUUAUCUCAGUGGGUAUUAUUAUCUCAGUGGGUAUUAUUAUCUCAGUGGGUAUUAUUAUCUCAGUUGGUAUUACUAUCUCAGGUGGUAUUAUUAUCUCAGUGGGUAUUAUUAUCUCAGGUGGUAUUAUUAUCUCAGGUGGUAUUAUUAUCUCAGUGGGUAUUACUAUCUCAGGUGGUAUUAUUAUCUCAGUGGGUAUUACUAUCUCAGGUGGUAUUAUUAUCUCAGGUGGUAUUAUUAUCUCAGUGGGUAUUAUUAUCUCAGUGGGUAUUAUUAUCUCAGUGGGUAUUAUUAUCUCAGUGGGUAGUAUUAUCUCAGUGGGUAUUAUUAUCUCAAGUGGUAUUAUUAUCUCAGUGGGUAUUAUUAUCUCAGGUGGUAUUAUUAUCUCAGUGGGUAUUAUUAUCUCAGGUGGUAUUAUUAUCUCAGUGGGUAUUAUUAUCUGAGUGGGUAUUAUUAUCUCAGUGGGUAUUAUUAUCUCAGUGGGUAUUACUAUCUCAGGUGGUAUUAUUAUCUCAGUGGGUAUUAUUAUCUCAGGUGGUAUUAUUAUCUGAGUGGGUAUUAUUAUCUCAGUAGGUAUUACUAUCUCAGUAGGUAUUAUUAUCUCAGUGGGUAUUAUUAUCUCCGUAGGUAUUAUUAUCUCAGUGGGUAUUAUUAUCUCAGUGGGUAUUAUUAUCUCAGUGGGUAUUAUUAUCUCAGUAUGUAUUAUUAUCUGAGUGGGUAUUAUUAUCUCAGUAGGUAUUACUAUCUCAGUAGGUAUUAUUAUCUCAGUGGGUAUUAUUAUCUCAGUAGGUAUUAUUAUCUCAGUGGGUAUUAUUAUCUCAGUGGUAUUACAUCUCAGUGGGUAUUAUUAUCUCAGUGGGUAUUAUUAUCUCAGUGGCUAUUACUAUCUCAGUGGGUAUUAUUAUCUCAGUGGGUAUUAUUAUCUCAGUGGGUAUUAUUAUCUCAGGUGGUAUUAUUAUCUGAGUGGGUAUUAUUAUCUCAGUAGGUAUUACUAUCUCAGUAGGUAUUAUUAUCUCAGUGGGUAUUAUUAUCUCAGUAGGUAUUAUUAUCUCAGUGGGUAUUAUUAUCUCAGUGGGUAUUACUAUCUCAGUGGGUAUUAUUAUCUCAGUGGGAAUUACUAUCUCAGUGGGUAUUAUUAUCUCAGUAGGUGUUAUUAUCUGAGUGGGUAUUAUUAUCUCAGUAGGUAUUACUAUCUCAGUAGGUAUUAUUAUCUCAGUGGGUAUUAUUAUCUCAGUAGGUAUUAUUAUCUCAGUGGGUAUUAUUAUCUCAGUGGGUAUUACUAUCUCAGUGGGUAUUAUUAUCUCAGUGGGUAUUAUUAUCUCAGUGGCUAUUACUAUCUCAGUGGGUAUUAUUAUCUCAGUGGGUAUUAUUAUCUCAGUGGGUAUUAUUAUCUCAGUAUGUAUUAUUAUCUGAGUGGGUAUUAUUAUCUCAGUAGGUAUUACUAUCUCAGUAGGUAUUAUUAUCUCAGUGGGUAUUAUUAUCUCAGUAGGUAUUAUUAUCUCAGUGGGUAUUAUUAUCUCAGUGGGUAUUACUAUCUCAGUGGGUAUUAUUAUCUCAGUGGGAAUUACUAUCUCAGUGGGUAUUAUUAUCUCAGUAGGUGCUAUUAUCUCAGUGGGUAUUAUUAUCUCAGUGGGUAUUACUAUCUCAGUGGGUAUUAUUAUCUCAGGUGGUAUUAUUAUCUCAGGUGGUAUUAUUAUCUCAGUGGGUAUUAUUAUCUCAGUGGGUAUUAUUAUCUCAGUGGGUAAUAUUAUCUCAGUGGGUAUUAUUAUCUCAAGUGGUAUUAUUAUCUCAGUGGGUAUUAUUAUCUCAGGUGGUAUUAUUAUCUCAGUGGGUAUUAUUAUCUCAGGUGGUAUUAUUAUCUCAGUGGGUAUUAUUAUCUGAGUGGGUAUUAUUAUCUCAGUGGGUAUUAUUAUCUCAGUGGGUAUUACUAUCUCAGGUGGUAUUAUUAUCUCAGUGGGUAUUAUUAUCUCAGGUGGUAUUAUUAUCUGAGUGGGUAUUAUUAUCUCAGUAGGUAUUACUAUCUCAGUAGGUAUUAUUAUCUCAGUGGGUAUUAUUAUCUCAGUAGGUAUUAUUAUCUCAGUGGGUAUUAUUAUCUCAGUGGGUAUUAUUAUCUCAGUGGGUAUUAUUAUCUCAGUAUGUAUUAUUAUCUGAGUGGGUAUUAUUAUCUCAGUAGGUAUUACUAUCUCAGUAGGUAUUAUUAUCUCAGUGGGUAUUAUUAUCUCAGUAGGUAUUAUUAUCUCAGUGGGUAUUAUUAUCUCAGUGGGUAUUACUAUCUCAGUGGGUAUUAUUAUCUCAGUGGCUAUUACUAUCUCAGUGGGUAUUAUUAUCUCAGUGGGUAUUAUUAUCUCAGUGGGUAUUAUUAUCUCAGUAUGUAUUAUUAUCUGAGUGGGUAUUAUUAUCUCAGUAGGUAUUACUAUCUCAGUAGGUAUUAUUAUCUCAGUGGGUAUUAUUAUCUCAGUAGGUAUUAUUAUCUCAGUGGGUAUUAUAUAUUAUCUCAGUGGGUAUUACUAUCUCAGUGGGUAUUAUUAUCUCAGUGGGAAUUACUAUCUCAGUGGGUAUUAUUAUCUCAGUAGGUGUUAUUAUCUCAGUGGGUAUUAUUAUCUCAGUGGGUAUUACUAUCUCAGUGGGUAUUAUUAUCUCAGUGGGUAUUACUAUCUCAGUGGGUAUUAUUAUCUCAGUAGGUAUUAUUAUCUCAGUGGGUAUUAUUAUCUCAGUGGGUAUUAUUAUCUCAGGUGGUAUUAUUAUCUCAGUGGGUAUUAUUAUCUCAGUGGGUAUUAUUAUCUCAGUGGGUAUUAUUAUCUCAGGUGGUAUUAUUAUCUCAGUGGGUAUUAUUAUCUCAGUAGGUAUUAUUAUCUCAGUGGGUAUUAUUAUCUCAGUAGGUAUUAUUAUCUCAGUGGGUAUUAUUAUCUCAGUAGGUAUUAUUAUCUCAGUGGGUAUUAUUAUCUCAGUGGGUAUUAUUAUCUCAGUGGGUAUUAUUAUCUCAGUAUGUAUUAUUAUCUGAGUGGGUAUUAUUAUCUCAGUAGGUAUUACUAUCUCAGUAGGUAUUAUUAUCUCAGUGGGUAUUAUUAUCUCAGUAGGUAUUAUUAUCUCAGUGGGUAUUAUUAUCUCAGUGGGUAUUACUAUCUCAGUGGGUAUUAUUAUCUCAGUGGGUAUUAUUAUCUCAGUGGCUAUUAUUAUCUCAGUGGGUAUUAUUAUCUCAGUAGGUAUUAUUAUCUCAGUGGGUAUUAUUAUCUCAGAAGGUAUUAUUAUCUCAGUGGGUAUUAUUAUCUCAGUGGGUAUUAUUAUCUCAUUGGGUAUUAUUAUCUCAGUAGGUAUUAGUGCCAUAUUAUCAGAGUGCAGAGUGAAGAAAAUAAUGAAAAUGAAAAUUAUGGACGGUGCUCCGCGCUCGUGACCGUGCAUCUGCUCUCUCGGUGUGGAAGUCCUUCACAGUAGCAACAUUUCCCUCCCCCCUAGCCCCAUCUCUGUGUUUGUAUCUCUGGUGAGUGUGUAUCUCUGGUGUGUGUGUAUCUCUGGUGUGUGUGUGUGUGUGUGUGUGUGUGUAUAUAUCUCUGGUGUGUGUGUAUCUCUGGUGUGUGUGUAUCUCUGGUGUGUGUGUGUGUGUGUGUGUGUGUGUGUGUGUAUCUAAUCUGGUGUGUGUGUAUCUAAUCUGAUGUGUGUGUGUAUCUAAUCUGGUGUGUGUGUGUGUAUCUAAUCUGGUGUGUGUGUGUGUGUGUAUCUAAUCUGGUGUGUGUGUAUCUAAUCUGAUGUGUGUGUGUAUCUCUGGUGUGUGUGUGUGUGUGUAUCUCUGGUGUGUGUGUGCAUGUGUAUCUCUGGUGUGUGUGUGUAUCUCUGGUUUGUGUGCGUGUCCCAUUCCACCACAUCUGUAGUGAAUGGCAGCCAGAUAUGAGCUGGUGAAACUGUACUGGCGACCCACAAUGCAGGCCUGGAAAGAACACAUCUCUCUCUCUCUCUCUCUCUCUCUCUCUCUCUCUCUCUCUCUCUCUCUCUCUCUCUCUCGCUCUCUCUCUCUCUCUCUCUCUCUCUGGAGGAGAGCAGGCCAGUUAUCAGCUGUAGGGAUGGAACGCUUGAAAUCACCAAAUUCAUUUAAUUUCAUAACCAUAUGUUUUUUUGCGAUUGUGUGAGUGUGUGGGUUGGUCUGUGAGGUAAUGUGUGUGUAUGCGCGUGGGCAGGUGUGUGUGUGUCUGUGUGUAUGUGUGUGUAUGUAUGUAUGCGUGUGUGUUUGUGUGUGUGUCCAUGUGUGUCCCCGUGUGUAUGUGGUGUCUUUGCCGCCUGGUGUUUCGCUUCCUCUCUGCCCAUUGGCAGUGCAGGGGAACAGAUUGUUAUUAUUACUGUCCUGGCUUUGAUAAUGCAGCGUUUGUAGCAUGUAUUUUAAUCACAGGACAGCAGAGCAGCCUUUCUACUUCACAGAGUCCCACAGUACAUCACAUGACGGUCAGUGUGAAUGGGGCCCUGCUUCCCUGCACAUCUCUAGACCAGGACUGUAUCCCAAAUGGCACCUGAUCUUCUACAUCAGGGGUAGCCACUGGCCGAUUUCCGUCGGAGCGGAUGGUCAGGGGGCCGGAACAUAAUAAUUUGUAGACUGUAAAUUGACCACAACUAAGCCCAAAAAAUAGAUUGUAUUUGAAAAUAACAAUAAUUUCAUACCUUGAUUGCAUUGAGACACGAUCACAUACAGUGAGGGAAAAAAGUAUUUGAUCCCCUGCUGAUUUUGUACGUUUGCCCACUGACAAAGAAAUGAUCAGUCUAUAAUUUUAAUGGUAGGUUUAUUUGAACAGUGAGAGACAGAAUAACAACAAAAACAUCCAGAAAAACGCAUGUCAAAAAUGUUAUAAUUUGAUUUGCAUUUUAAUGAGGGAAAUAAGUAUUUGACCCCCUCUCAAUCAGAAAGAUUUCUGGCUCCCAGGUGUCUUUUCUACAGGUAACGAGCUGAGAUUAGGAGCACACUCUUAAAGGGAGUGCUCCUAAUCUCAGCUUGUUACCUGUAUAAAAGACACCUGUCCACAGAAGCAAUCAAUCAAUCAGAUUCCAAACUCUCCACCAUGGCCAAGACCAAAGAGCUCUCCAAGGAUGUCAGGGACAAGAUUGUAGACCUACACAAGGCUGGAAUGGGCUACAAGACCAUCGCCAAGCAGCUUGGUGAGAAGGUGACAACAGUUGGUGCGAUUAUUCGCAAAUGGAAGAAACACAAAAUAACUGUCAAUCUCCCUCGGCCUGGGGCUCCAUGCAAGAUCUCACCUCGUGGAGUUGCAAUGAUCAUGAGAACGGUGAGGAAUCAGCCCAGAACUACACGGGAGGAUCUUGUCAAUGAUCUCAAGGCAGCUGGGACCAUAGUCACCAAGAAAACAAUUGGUAACACACUGCGCCGUGAAGGACUGAAAUCCUGCAGCGCCCGCAAGGUCCCCCUGCUCAAGAAAGCACAUAUAAAGGCCCGUCUGAAGUUUGCCAAUGAACAUCUGAAUGAUUCAGAGGAGAACUGGGUGAAAGUGUUGUGGUCAGAUGAGACCAAAAUGGAGCUCUUUGGCAUCAACUCAACUCGCCGUGUUUGGAGGAGGAGGAAUGCUGCCUAUGACCCCAAGAACACCAUCCCCACCGUCAAACAUGGAGGUGGAAACAUUAUGAUUUGGGGGUGUUUUUCUGCUAAGGGGACAGGACAACUUCACCGCAUUAAACGGAUGAUGGACAGGGCCAUGUACCGUCAAAUCUUGGGUGAGAACCUCCUUCCCUCAGCCAGGGCAUUGAAAAUGGGUCGUGGAUGGGUAUUCCAGCAUGACAAUGACCCAAAACACACGGCCAAGGCAACAAAGGAGUGACUCAAGAAGAAGCACAUUAAGGUCCUGGAGUGGCCUAGCCAGUCUCCAGACCUUAAUCCCAUAGAAAAUCUGUGGAGGGAGCUGAAGGUUCGAGUUGCCAAACGUCAGCCUCAAAACAUUAAUGACUUGGAGAAGAUCUGCAAAGAGGAGUGGGACAAAAUCCCUCCUGAGAUGUGUGCAAACCUGGUGGCCAACUACAAGAAACAUCUGACCUCUGUGAUUGCCAACAACGGUUUUGCCACCAAGUACUAAGUCAUGUUUUGCAGAGGGGUCAAAUACUUAUUUCCCUCAUUAAAAUGCAAAUCAAUUUAUAAAAAAUUUUACAUGCGUUUUUCUGGAUUUUUUGUUGUUAUUCUGUCUCUCACUGUUCAAAUUAACCUACCAUUAAAAUUAUAGACUGAUCAUUUCUUUGUCAGUGGGCAAGCGUAGAAAAUCAGCAGGGGAUCAAAUACUUUUUUCCCUCACUGUAUGUCUCUAACCGACCCCUGUCCCAGAGCCCAAUGGCACCUGAUGAAGAAUGGCGCCGGAGGGGAUGGCUGCCGUUUUACGGGCUCCUAACCAAUUGUGCUAUUUUGUUAGUUUUUUCGCAUUGUUUGUAACUUAUUUUGAACAUAAUGUUGAUGCUACUGUCUCUUAUGACCGAGCUUCUGGAAUGCGAUUACUCACCUUGGACUGGACAAAGAUUUUUCUUUAACGAUUCUAACGCGAAGGAUUUAAUGUAGCUCCCGGACAAGGCCCAAAUCCCAGUCAUUCGCAUGAAGAAAAUAAUUAUAUACAGGGGUCGCAGAUGAGAAUUCGUCGGCGAUUUGGUAACCCGCCUCUGCCAUCCGUUCUAUUGGCCAACGUGCAAUCACUGGAGAAUAAACUGGAUGAGCUCCGUUCGAGCCUACCCUACCAACAGAGUCGUGGCUGAACGACGACAUGGAUAAUAUACAGUUGGCUGAUUUGCUGUGCAUCGGCAGGACAGAACAGCUAUGUCCGGUAAAACGAGGGGUGGGGGUGUGUGUCUAUCUGUCAAUAACAGCUGGUGCGCGAUGUCUAAUAUUAAGGUAGUCUUGAGGUAUUGUUCGCUUGAGGUAGAGUACCACAUGAUAAGCUGUAGACCACACUAUCUACCAAGUUUUCAUCUAUAUUUUUCGUAGCCGUCUAUUUACCACCACAAACCGACGCUGGCACUAAGACUGUACUUAACGAGCUGUAUAAGGCCAUAAGCAAACAAGAGAAUGCUCAUCCAGAAGCGGUGCUCCUAGUGGCCGGGGACUUUAAUGCAGGCAAACUUAAAUCAGUUUUUCCUAAUUUAUACCAGCAUGUCACAUGUGCAAUCAGAGGAAAAAAAUAACUCUAGACCACCUUUACUCCACACACAGAGACGCGUAGAAAGCUCUCCCUCGCCCUCCAUUUGGCAAAUCUGACCAUAAUUAUAUCCUCCUGAUUCCUGCUUACAAGCAAAAACUAAAGCAGUACCAGUGACUCGCUCAAUACGGAAGUGGUCAGAUGAUGCGAAUGCUAUGCUACAGGACUGUUUUGCCAGCACAGACUGGAAUAUGUUCCGGGAUUCAUCCAAUGGCAUUUAGGAGUAUACCACCUCAGUCACCGGCUUCAUCAAUAAGUGCAUCGACGACGUCGUCCCCACAGUGACCAUACGUACAAAUCCCAACCAGAAGCCAUGGAUUACAGGCAACAUCCACACAGAGCGAAAGGCUAGAGCUGCCACUUUCAAGGAGCGGGACACUAAUCUGGACGCUUAUAAGAAAUCCCGCUAUGCCCUCAGAUGAACCAUCAAAGAGGCAAAGCUUCAAUACAGGACUAAGAUUGAAUCCUACUACACCGACUCUGACGCUUGUCGGAUGUGGCAGGGCUUGCAAACUAUUAAGGACUACAGGGAAACCCAACCGCCAGCUGCCCAGUGACGCGACCCUACCAGACGGGCUAAAUUACUUUUAUGCUUGCUUCGAGGCAAGCAACACUGAAGCAUGCAUGAGAGCACCAGCGGUCCCGGACGACAUAGCUAAUGUGAGCAAGACCUUUAAACAGGUCAACAUUCAGACGGAUUACCAGGACGUGUACUCAGAGCAUGCGCGGACCAACUGGCAAGUGUCUUCACUGACAUUUUCAACCUCUCCCUUACCCGAGUCUGUAAUACCUACAUGUUUCAAGCAGACCAUCAUAGUCCCUGUACCCAAGAAAGCGAAGGUAACCUGCCUAAAUGACUACCGCCCCGUAGCACUCACGUCGGUAGCCAUGAAGUGCUUUGAAAGGCUGGUCAUGGCUCACAUCAACACCAUCAUCCCGGAAACUCUAGACCCACUCCAAUUCGCAUACCGCCCCAACAGAUCCACAGAUGACGCAAUCUCAAUCGCACUCCACACUGCCCUAUCCCACCUGGACAAAAGAAACACCUAUGUGAGAAUGCUGUUCAUUGACUACGGCUCAGCGUUCAACACAAUAGUGCCCACAAAGCUCAUCACUAAGCUAAGGACCCUGGGACUAAACACCUCCCUCUAAAACUGGAUCCUGGACUGCCCCCAGGUGGUAAGGGUAAGCAACAACACAUCUGCCACGCUGAUCCUCAACACGGGGGCCCCUCAGGGGUGCGUGCUUAGUCCUUUCCUGUACUCCCUGUUCACCCAUGACUGCGUGGCCAAGCACGACUCCAACACCAUCAUUAAGUUUGCUGACAACACAACGGUGGUAGGCCUGAUCACCAACAACGAUAAGACAGCUUAUAGGGAGGAGGUCAGAGACCUGGUAGUGUGGUGCCAGGACAAGAACCUCUCCCUCAACGUGAGCAAGACAAAGGAGUUGAUCGUGGACUACAGGAAAAGGAGGGCCAAACACGCCCCCAUUCACAUCAAUGGGGCUUUAGUGGAGCAGGUUGAGAGUUUCAAGUUCCUUGGUGUCUACAUCACCAACAAACUAUCAUAAGUUCCUUUCCUGAGGAUGGCUCACCCCUCACAGUUCUGGGUGACUUCAACCUCCCUACGUCUACCUUUGACUAAUUUCUCUCUGCCUCCUUCUUUCCACUCCUCUCCUCUUUUGACCUCACCCUCUCACCGUCCCCCCCUACUCACAAGGCAGGCAAUACGCUUGACCUCAUCUUUACUAAAUGCUGUUCUUCUACUAAUCUCACUGCAACUCCCCUCCAUGUCUCCGACCACUACUUUGUAUCCUUUUCUCUCUCGCUCUCCUCCAACACUACUCACUCUGCCCCUACUCAGAUGGUAAUGCGCCGUCGCAACCAUCGCUCUCUCUCUCCCGUUACUCUCUCCUCUUCCAUCCUAUCAUCUCUUCCCUCUGCUCAAGCCUUCUCCCUCCAAUCUCCUGAUUCUGCCUCCUCAACCCUCCUCUCCUCCCUUUCUGCAUCCUUUGACUCUCUAUGUCCCCUAUCCUCCCGGCCGGCUCGGUCCUCCCCUCCUACUCCGUGGCUUGACGACUCAUUGCGAGCUCACAGAACAGGGCUCCGGGCAGCCAAGCGGAAAUGGAGGAAAACUAGACUCCCUGCGGACCUGGAAUAUUUUCACUCCCUCCUCUCUACAUUUUCUUAAUCUGUUUCUGCUGCUAAAGCCACUUUCUACCACUCUAAAUUCCAAGCAUCUGCAUCUAACCCUAGGAAGCUCUUUGCCACCUUCUCCUCCCUGCUGAAUCCCCCCCCCCCCCCCCCUCCUCCCUCUCUGUGGAUGACUUCGUCAACCAUUUUGAAAAGAAGGUUGACGACAUCCGAUCCUCGUUUGUUAAGUCAAAUGACACUGCUGGUCCUGCUCACACUGCCCUACCCCAUGCUUUGACUUCUUUCUCCCCUCUCUCUCCAGAUGAAAUCUUGCGACUUGUGAUGGCUGGCCGCCCAACAACCUGCCCGCUUGACCCUAUCCCCUCCUCCCUUCUCCAGACCAUCUCCGGUGACCUUCUCCCUUACCUCACCUCGCUCAUCAACUCAUCCUUGACCGCUGGCUAUGUCCCUUCCAUCUUCAAGAGAGCGAGAGUUGCACUCCUUCUCAAAAAACCAACACUCGAUCACUCCGAUGUCAACAACUACAGACCAGUAUCCCUUCUUUCUUUUCUUUCCAAAACUCUUGAGCGUGCCGUCUUUAGCCAACUCUCUUGCUAUCUCUCUCAGAAUUACCUUCUUGAUCCAAACCAGUCAGGUUUCAAGACUGGUCAUUCAACUGAGACUGCUCUUCUCUGUGUCACGGAGGCUCUCCACACUGCUAAAGCUAACUCUCUCUCCUCUGCUCUUGUCCUUCUAGACCUGUCUGCUGCCUUUGAUACUGUGAACCAUCAGAUCCUCCUCUACACCCUCUCCGAGUUGGGCAUCUCCGGCGCGGCUCACUCUUGGAUUGCGUCCUACCUGACCGGUCGCUCCUACCAAGUGGCGUGGCGAGAAUCUGUCUCCGCACCAUGUGCUCUCACCACUGGUGUCCCCCAGGGCUCAGUUCUAGGCCCUCUCCUAUUCUCGCUAUACACCAAGUCACUUGGCUCUGUCAUAUCCUCACAUGGCCUCUCCUAUCAUUGCUACGCAGACGACACACAACUAAUCUUCUCCUUUCCCCCUUCUGAUAACCAGGUGGCGAAACGCAUCUCUGCAUGUCUGGCAGACAUAUCAGUGUGGAUGACGGAUCACCACCUCAAGCUGAACCUCGGCAAGACGGAGCUGCUCUUCCUCCCGGGGAAGGACUGCCCGUUCCAUGAUCUCGCCAUCACGGUUGACAACUCCGUUGUGUCCUCCUCCCAGAGUGCAAAGAGCCUUGGCAUGACCCUGGACAACACCCUGUCGUUCUCCGCUAACAUCAAGGCGGUGACCCGAUCCUGUAGGUUCAUGCUCUACAACAUUCGGAGAGUACGACCCUGCCUUACACAGGAAGCGGCACAGGUCCUAAUCCAGGCACUUGUCAUCUCCCGUCUGGAUUACUGCAACUCGCUGUUGGCUGGGCUCCCUGCCUGUGCCAUUAAACCCCUACAACUCAUCCAGAAUGCCGCAGCCCGUCUGGUGUUCAACCUUCCCAAGUUCUCUCACGUCACCCCGCUCCUCCGCACACUCCACUGGCUUCCAGUUGAAGCUUGCAUCUGCUACAAGACCAUGGUGCUUGCCUACGGAGCUGUGAGGGGAACGGCACCUCCGUACCUUCAGGCUCUGAUCAGUCCCUACACCCAAACGAGGGCAUUGCGUUCAUCCACCUCUGGCCUGCUGGCCCCCCUACCUCUGCGGAAGCACAGUUCCCGCUCAGCCCAGUCAAAACUGUUCGCUGCUCUGGCACCCCAAUGGUGGAACAAGCUCCCUCACGACGCCAGGACAGCGGAGUCACUCACCACCUUCCGGAGACACUUGAAACCCCACCUCUUUAAGGAAUACCUGGGAUAGGAUAAAGUAAUCCUUCUACCCCCCCUUACCCCACCCCAAAGAAAGAAAAAAAUAACAUAUUGUAAAGUGGUUAUCCCACUGGCUAUAAGGUGAAUGCACCAAUUUGUAAGUCGCUCUGGAUAAGAGCGUCUGCUAAAUGACGUAAAUGUAAAAUGUAAUGGUCCAAACACACCAAAAAGUCAUGAAGAGGGCACGACAACGCCUUUGCCCCCUCAGGAGACUGAAAAGAUUUGGCAUGAGUCUCCAGAUCCUCAAAAAGUUCUACAACUGCACCAUCGAAAGCAUCCUGACCGGUUGCAUCACCGCCUGGUAUGGCAACUGCUCGGCAUCCGACCGUAAGGCGCUACAGAGGGUAGUGCGUUUGGCCCAGUACAUCACUGGGGCCAAGCUUUCUGCCAUCCAGGACCUAUAUACUAGGCGGUGUCAGAGGAAGGCCCAAAGAAAUGUCAAAGACUCCAGUCACCCAAGUCAUAGACUUUUCUCCCUGCUACCGUACGGCAAGCGGUACCGGAGCGCCAAGUCUAGGUCCAAAAGGCUCCUUAACAGCUUCUAUCCCCAAGCCAUAAGACUGCUCAACAAUUAAUCAAAUGGCCACCCGGAGUAUUGUAUAUACACCCCUGUAUAUAGCCUCAUUAUUCAUAUUUUAUUGUGUUAUUAUUAUUAUUAUUUUUCAUACUUUAGUUUAGUAAGUACUUUCUUAACUCUAUUUUCUUAAAACUGCAUUGGUGGUUAAGGGCUUGUAAGUUAUCAUUUCACGGUAAGGUCUACACCUGUUGUAUUUGACGCAUGUGACAAAUAAAAUUGGGUUUGAAAUAUGAUUUGAUUUGAUUCCCUACACGGUGCACUACUGCUACACUAUAUAGGGAAUAGGAUGCAUAUCAAGAGUUGACAGUCAGUACUGUCCAGAGAUGACCAGUAGAGAAAGCAAUUGUACUUUUGUUUACCAAAGACAGCUCUCUCUCUCGCUCUCUAUUCUUCUCCUCUAUAUCUCUCUCUCUCUAUCUGACUAUCUCUAUAGAAUUCUAUAUGGACUAAAUUUAUCUUAUAUCUGAGUCUAUCUCUAUAUCUAUACUAUCUCUAUCUCUCUCUCUCUCUAUCUCUCUCUAUCAUCUAUUCUAUCUCUAUAUAUCUCUAUAUCUCUCUUAUCUCUCGUCUCUAUCUCUCUGACUCUAUCUCUCUGACUAUUCUCUAAUUGCCUCACCUUUCUCUCUCUCUGAGUCUCUCUCUCUCUCUCUCUCUCUCUCUCUCCCUCUCUCUCUCUCUCUCUCUCUCUGAAUCUCUCUCAUUGCCUCACUUUCUUCUCUCUCUCUCUCUCUCUCUCUCUCUCUCUCUCUCUCUCUCUCUCUCUCUCUGACUCUCUCUCUGAGUCUCUCUCUCUCUCUCUCUCUCUCUGAGUCUCUCUCUCUCUCUCUCUCUCUCUCUCUCUUGCUCUCUUUACCUCUCUCUGAAAAUUACAGCAUACUGCAUUCUUUUUAUUAGGAUUUGCCGGGGUUAGUUAGUGCCGGGGUUAUUUGUCAAAGGCUGCAUCCCAAAUAACACCCUAUUCCCUAUUUAGUGCACUACUUUUGACCAGAAUUAAAUUACAGUCAUUUUCAAUGAAUGUGGGGAGGCAGAGAAUUCCUACAUGUCAAUAGGUAGCUACCUUCUUCUUAAUCAAAAUCAACUGAUGCUUCACAUUAAUGUCUAUGGCAGAGGGGGAGGAGGAGGAAGAGGAGGAGGAGGAGGAGGGGGAGGAGGGAGGAAGAGGAGGAAUGAGCGGAGGAGGGGAAAGAGGAGGAGGAGGAGGAUGA